UCCUGGAAUACACCGGAAGUGGCGUGGCGUGUUUAUUUGUGACGCUGCAGUGGCUCCUGUCAGCCGCUGGUCUCCUUUUGCCGCGGAUCGGAUCUCCCGUUCUCCCAGUUGACAAUGCAGCGCAUGGGGCGUCACUUCGCCCGCGCCGCAUCCCAGCCUUCCAGCACGCCACUUCCAUCCAGCGGGGUUGACGCAGCAGCGGCGGCGGCACGAUGCCGUCUGACGUGGAGUACGGCCCGGUGGGAGAGGGGCUAGGGAUGCGGGACUUCUGGAUCUACGUGUGGCUGCGCAGAGCAGCUUUGAUCGCAGCUCAUGUCACCGGUCUAGGCCUUACCAUCGUCAUCUCCGUGCUGUCCAGACCCGGAACCAGUCUGUUUUCUUGGCAUCCGCUGUGCAUGUCUGUUGCUUACUGCUUGUGCAUGACUGAAGGCAUCCUCCUCUUCUCCACUGAGGGUACCAUUUUCUGCCUGAAGUCACGGAAGAACAAAGUGCGUUUCCACUGGCUGUGCCAGGCCCUGGCGCUGGUAGCGGCAGCGGUGGGACUGGGCUUCAUCCUGGCCAGUAAGGUCGUGUCUGAGCUGCCCCACCUGGUGUCCUGGCACAGCCUGAUGGGCUGCUGCACCCUGGCUGCCUCCCUGCUCCAGGCCGGCUGCGGCACCUGCCUAGUAUUCCACAAGCAGCUGCGGCUCUCCUCAUCCCCGGCCAGACUCAAACUCUACCACGACACCUGCGGCCUGGUGGUGUACCUGCUGGCCACCGGCACCAUUAUGCUGGCCAUGGUGUCAGACUGGUUCCAGGCCACGGUGAAGGGGGCAGCUUGGUGGCUGAUGGCCGUGCUUCCCCUCUUCCCUGCCCUGGUGGCCAUGAACCAGAUCACCAACGCCUACCUGCCCCGCAAGAAGAUAAGCAGCUAGGCUGCAGACGGAUCACGGUGCAGAGUCGGAACCCGAAACGAGUUUUCUAAGCUUUUGAUGGAGACUGUUUUCACGCUUCGGGGAUUCAGUGAGUUCUAAGCAGAUUUUUGUCCAAACAUGUUCCUAUCUGAAGUCUGCAGCCAGCAUCUAGUGGUGAGUGGAGGAAAUGCAACAUGAAGCUCUUAAGCACUAAAUCAUAUGUGACUCUGUGGAUGAAGGCAGAGCCUCUGAAUGUGUUUUUGUACCGCUGAUGCAGUGAAAGCAAUGAAGGACGACCGGAAACCUGACAGCAGCUUUUAGAUUCCUGAUCACUUUAAAGCUGCUGUCUGUCACUUUUAUAAAUAAAAAGUAUGAUGUCGUGACUGUAUAUGAGACCAAAAAUCUGUAAAAAAAAAAAGAAAAAAGAAUCAACCUCCUCUGCUCUCUCCCAAUGCUAACUAGAACUAACCAAUUAGUGCCAGGAGGAAGGACUUAGUUAGCAGUCUCAUUCAACUAGCUCUGCAGCUAGCAUAUCCUGUUGUGAAUGCCAAGGCUAGUUAUGAUGGCCACCAAUGACGAAGGAUAAACGGCUUUCCUGUACUGUGAAGUUGUUUAUCCGGCAUUAGCACAUUUAGCAGAAUAAUAAGAUUGAUUGACAGCACUAAGGCACGCCUCCUGACUCUGAUUGGUUGUUUUCG